AUGGGGGAGAGGCAGGUAAAUGAAACCAUGACAGGGUACAGGACAGAUGGGGAGUGGGAAACUGACAGACAGGUGAACAGGAAGGAGGACAAAGCCAAGGCAGGGACUACUGGACAUUUGUCUUCAGCUCUACAAUCGUCAAACUGUGUUCUGAGAGAGCUGGACCUGAGUAACAAUGACCUGCAGGAUUCAAGAGUGAAGCUUCUCUCUGAUGGACUGAAGAGUCAACACUGUAAACUGGAGACACUGAGGCUACAGUGCUGUAAACUCACUGUUCAGUGCUGUGAGAGUUUGUCUUCAGCUCUUCAAUCCUCAAACUGUGUCCUGAGAGAGCUGAACCUGAGUAACAAUGACCUGCAGGAUUCAGGAGUGAAGCUUCUCUCUGAUGGACUGAAGAGUCAACACUGUAAACUGGAGACACUGAGAUUGUCUGGCUGUAUGGUGACAGAGGAAGGCUGUGGUUUUCUGUCUUCAGCUCUGACUUCAAACCCCUCACACCUGAGAGAGCUGGAUCUAAGCUACAAUCAUCCAGGAGAUUCAGGAGUCAAGCUGCUCUCUGAACAACUGGAGGAUCCAAACUACACACUGGACAAACUCAAUCUGGAUCAUGGAGGAGACGCGAGGAUUACAGCAGGACUGCACAAAUAUGUCUGUUUCCUCACACUGGAUCCAAACACAGCACACACUCAACUCAUUCUGUCUGAGGAGAACAGAGAGGUGAAGCGUGUGUGGGAGAAACAGCCGUAUCCUGAUCAUCCAGACAGAUUUAAUUAUUGUCCUCAGGUGUUGUGCAGAGAGAGUGUGUGUGGACGCUGUUACUGGGAGACUGACUGGAGUGGAGAUGAUGUGGAAAUAUCAGUGUCAUAUAAGAGCAUCAGGAGGAAGGGAACAGGUGAUGAGUGUGUGUUUGGAUCUAAUGCUCAGUCCUGGAGUUUGCUCUGCUCUUCCACCAGUUUCUCAUUCAUACACAAUAACACACACACUCGUCUCCCAGUAGAGCCGCUCAGCAGGAGAAUAGGUGUGUUUGUGGAUCACAGUGCAGGAACUCUGAUCUUCUACAACAUCUAUAGAGACACAAUGAGCCUCAUCCACUCAGUCCAGACCACAUUCACUGAGCCGCUCUGGCCUGGGUUUAGGAUUUAUCCUGGAUCAUCAGUGAAACUGAGCUGAAGACUGACGAGAGAUUUACCCACAAUCCUCUGCAGGAGUAGUCAGCAGCUGUGUGUGUGUGUGUGAGAGAGAGAGAGAGAGAGUGUGUGUGUGUGUGUGUGUGUGAGAGAGAAGAGAGUGUGUGCGUGUGAGAGAGAGAGAGAGAGUGUGUGUGUGUGUGAGUGAGAGAGAGAAAGUGUGUGUGUGUGUGUGUGUGUGUGUGUGUGUGUGUGUGUGUGUGUGUGUGAGAGAGAGAGAAAGUGUGUGUGUGUGUGUGUGUGUGACUAAGAGGAAACGUGUGCUCAUCAUUCAUGUAUAUUUCAUGUUUCAAGUUUUUUUUCAUCAUGUUGCUUUUGUUAAACUUGGUUAUUCGUUGUGUACUAGUUGUUGCACAAGUUUAUGUAUGUUAUUUCGUGUUCCUUUUAUCAUACUAAAAAAAUAGCACUUUGGUUGAACAUGAUUC